AUGGCGACUGUUGGCGAGCCCAUCGCCAUUAUUGGCAUUGGAUGCCGAUUCCCCGGUCAGUGUGAUAAUCCAUCCAAGUUGUGGGAUCUCUUGCAAAAGCCCCGGGAUCUUCUCAAGGAAAUCCCCGACAGUCGAUUCAGCACAGGUGCCUUCUACCAUCCUAAGAAUUUUCACCAUGGCACGAGCAAUGUGCGCCACUCAUAUCUCCUGGAAGAGGACCUGCGGAGCUUUGAUGCCCAGUUCUUCGGCAUCAACCUUGUCGAAGCCCACUCUAUUGAUCCUCAGCAGCGACUGCUUCUUGAAACCGUGUAUGAGAGCCUGGAAGCCGCCGGCCUCUCCGUCAAGGGGCUGCAAGGCUCUGAUACUGCUGUAUACGUGGGCGUCAUGAGUGCCGAUUUUACUGACAUGAUUGGGCGCGACACGGAGAUGUUCCGAACAUCUUUUGCUACAGGGACGGCAAGAAGCAUUCUCAGUAACAGGCUUUCGUAUUUCUUCGACUGGCAUGGCCCGUCCAUGACUAUCGAUACGGCGUGUUCAUCAAGUCUCAUCGCCAUGCACCAGGCUGUGCAGACUCUCCGCGGAGGGGAAUCAUCUGUUGCGGUUGUGGCCGGGUCCAACUUGAUAUUAGGACCAGAGCAAUACAUUGCCGAGAGCAAACUACAAAUGCUUUCUCCUACUGGCCGAAGCCGUAUGUGGGAUGCCGAUGCGGACGGCUACGCUCGAGGAGAAGGCGUUGCAGCCAUUGUUCUCAAGACGCUUAGCCAGGCUAUUGUUGACGGCGACCACAUCGAGUGCGUUAUACGUGAGACUGGUCUCAACCAAGAUGGUAGGACGCCAGGCAUCACGAUGCCAAGCGCUACUGCACAAGAAGCGUUGAUCCGAGCCACGUACGCCAAGGCCGGCUUGGACCUUGGCCAGCGUGCCGAUCGCCCCCAGUACUUUGAGGCACAUGGCACAGGUACUCCUGCUGGUGAUCCCGUGGAAGCCGAGGCGAUCAGUAAUGCCUUCUUUGGCCCCCAGUCCCAUUUUAAGCCAAGUGAUGCAGAUGAUACUUUGUUUGUUGGAUCUAUCAAGACUGUGGUUGGCCAUACAGAAGGGACAGCAGGCCUGGCCGCCGUUAUCAAAUCAUUGCUGGCCUUGCGGGCUGGUGUUAUUCCUCCAAACAUGCUACUGAAUAAGGUGAACCCGAAAGUUGAGCCUUUCUACGGAAACGUACAGAUUCUUUCCGCAGCACGAAAAUGGCCCAAGCUUGCAAAGGGUGGCGUGCGAAGAGUGAGCGUCAACAGCUUUGGCUUCGGAGGCGCCAACUGUCACGCCAUUCUUGAAAGCUUUGAGCCCGAUGAGACACGCCGCGGACAGUCGUCGGAUUGCGGUAGCUCAUGCUUUACGCCAUUUCUAUUCUCGGCGGCAUCGGAGAGUGCGCUUACUGAAACCUUGGAGCGCUAUCGAGACUAUCUUGCUCCUGGAAACUCUGGCGCUACAGUCAGACUCGGAGAUUUAUCAUGGACACUCAGCAACCGUCGAUCGACACUCCCAUGGCGCGCCGUCAUAACAGCCAGCAGUGACGUUGAGGAAUUAGCCGGAAAGCUUGAAAAGGGCACCGAGUUCACUAGCGAGCCAUCAAACUACUCGUCAGUCAGGACAAGAGGGCGCAAACCACGUAUUCUCGCCAUCUUUACCGGCCAGGGCGCACAGUGGCCACGCAUGGGCGCCGAGUUGGUUGAAAAGUCACCAGCAGCAAGCAGCAUCCUCGCCCGUCUCGACAAGAGCCUGCAGUCACUCGACCGUCGGGAUCGACCGACAUGGUCACUGCGUGAGCAGCUCCUCGCCGGUGCCGAUUCAUCGGUAGGCACAGCAUCUGUGUCGCAGCCCGUCUGCACAGCCGUGCAAAUCAUUCUCGUCGACAUGCUGAGAGCCGCCGGCAUCGACUUCUCCGCAGUGGUCGGCCACUCUUCCGGCGAGAUUUGCGCAGCAUAUGCGGCGGGAUAUCUCUCCUCCGAGGAUGCCAUCCGCGUGGCAUAUUAUCGCGGUCUGCAUAUGAAGUCGGUCACUCAGGACGGCGCCAUGCUCGCGGUGGGAACCUCGUACGAAGACGCCAAGGAAUUGUGCGAGCUUCCAGCCUUUGAGGGUCGUGUCUGCGUAGCGGCGAGUAACUCUCCUGCCAGCGUGACACUUUCCGGCGAUGCAGAGGCCAUUGACAACAUCAAGAUGAUUCUGGACGAGGAGAAGAAAUUCACUCGCCACCUCAAAGUGGAUCGAGCCUAUCAUUCCCACCACAUGAAAGCAUGUUCCAAGCCGUAUGUGACGUCUCUGCAGCGGUGUGCUAUUCAACAGCUUUGCCCGGCCGACCGCAGCAAGUGCCGAUGGGUUUCCAGCGUUUUCACCUGCGACAUAACGGAUAUUGCUUCAGAAGAGAGUCUGAAAGGAAAAUAUUGGGCCCAAAACCUGACGAAGCCAGUCAUGUUUUCAGAGGCCUUGCAAGUCCUUCUUGGCGGCGGUCAGGAAAGAGAGGUUUACGACCUAGCUAUUGAGAUUGGACCACAUCCGGCGCUCAGGGGCCCUGUAAGCCAGACAGUUCAGGAAUGCCUGGGAGGAGAGUCUAUCCCUUACACAAGCAUGUUGUCACGCGGCGAGGACGGUGUUGAGUCAUUCUCAAAAGGACUUGGAUAUAUCUGGCGAACCUGGGGAGAAGGGGCUGUCGACUUUGCCGCCUACAAUUGCUUUAUGAAUGAUGAACAAAGAAAGGCGGGCUUGCAAAAACCCGUGCCCAUCAAGGGUCUCCCAUCCUACCCGUGGGAUCACAACCGGACCUUCUGGCACGAGUCUCGCCUCUCCCGGGCUUUCAGGACGGCAAAGGACCAGCCUAAUGAGCUCCUUGGGCGUCAGAUCCUCGACGGUUCCCCCGACCAACGCCGUUGGCGCAACGUCCUCAAGCGCGGCGAGAUAGACUGGCUUGAUGGCCACCAAGUCCAGGGGCAGACCGUCUUCCCGUGUGCCGGGUAUGUGUCCGCAUGUGUGGAAGCAUCCAUGAAGAUUCGUAGCGACGCUUGCGUCCGAUCCAUUGAGCUGCGGAAUUUCGUGCUUGGUCAGGCUGUGGUGUUUAACGAUAAUGACUCGGGGGUCGAGACGUUAAUCGUACUAGACAGCAUCACAGAGUCGGAGGAGCAAGGCUGCAGGGUAGCUUCGGCCAAGUUUUCGUUCUACUCGUCGUCCAACAGUGAAGUUCUGGACAUGACUAGACACGCCAACUGUGACGUCAGUGUCACUUAUGGCGACAGGGCUGCGCAUCUUCUCCCGCCCAAGUCCAAGGAGGAUGAAGAACAUGCCAUGCUGAACAUCGAGGCUGACCGGUUUUAUAAUGUCCUCGAGCAGCUUGGAUUUGGAUAUUCUGGCCCGUUCCGUGCGCUAACGAGACUGAAGCGAAAGCUGGGCAAGGCGAUGGGGUAUAUUCAAAACACGGCAAAUGUCCAGGCUUCUCAAAUGGCCCUCCUCAUCCACCCAGCGACGUUAGACGCCGGCAUCCAGUCCAUCAUGCUGGCGUGCUGUUAUCCAGGAGAUAGCAUGAUGCGCUCCAUAUAUCUCCCUACCAGCAUCAGUCGACUCAUCAUUGACCCAGAGCACUGUCGAGCCUUUGCCGGUGAGGCGACAGAAGUUUUGUUCGAUUCGACAGCGUCAAUUGGCGAUUCUGGGAGUCUUUCAGGGGACGUGAGCAUCUAUUCACCGGAGGGCUUUGCUCACAAGGCCAUUCAACUCGAGGGGCUCCAGACGCAACCCCUGUUCCAUCCCACUGAGUCGAAUGAUUUAAACAUUUUCACUGAGCUUGUAUGGGGUGUCGCCCAACCCGACAGUCAGGAUAUACUGGACAAGAUAGACGUUCAGGAACUCGAUGCGGAACUGUUGUUUUCCCUGGAGAGGGUGGCCUACUUUUACCUACAAUCUUUGGACAAGGCCAUUCCUCGCAGUGCCCGUAAGAAUCUCGAAUGGCACUACACUCGCCUUUUUGCGUAUGUAGACCAUGUCCUCUCCAAAGUGGAUUGCGGCGCGAACCGCUUCGCCAAGAAGGAAUGGCAGCUCGAUACGCACGAGGUCAUACUGGAAAUCUUUGACAGAUAUCCUGACAACAUUGACCUGAAGCUCAUGCGUGCUGUGGGUGACAACAUGCCCGCCGUCGUCCGCGGCGAGACUACCAUGCUGGAGCACAUGCUCCAGGACAACAAGCUCAACGACUUCUAUGUAAUCGCACAUGGUAUGCCUCGCUACACUGCAUACUUGGCCGCUUUUACCAGCCAAAUUGGCCAUAGAUACCCUCAUAUGCAUGUCCUCGAGGUUGGGGCUGGCACGGGUGGCGCAACCAAGUCGUUUCUCGGAGCCCUGGGCGACAAGUUCUCGACCUACACCUUCACCGACAUCUCUAGCGGCUUUUUUGAGAAGGCUAGGGAUGAGUUUGCGUUGCACAGCUCCAAAAUGAGCUUCAAGGUACUCGACAUCGAGAAGGAUAUUGAAGGCCAAGGAUUCACAGAGGGAUCGUACGACGUCAUCAUCGCCUCCUUGGUCCUCCAUGUUACGCGGAACUUGGACGAAACCCUUCGUAAUGUCCGCCGCCUCCUGAAGCCCGGUGGAUACCUGCUACUCCUAGAGAUUACAGAAAACGAUCAGAUGAGGUUUGGCCUGCUAUUUGGUGGUCUCCAGGGCUGGUGGCUCGGCUACGACGACGGACGGGCCCUGUCUCCUUGCAUUGGUUUGGAGGAGUGGUCGACAAUUCUGAAGCGGACUGGCUUCUCGGGCAUUUACACGGCAAUGCCGCAUGACGAAAACUUGCCUGUUCCUCUCUCUGUGAUUGUGACCCAGGCGACGGAUGACAGGGUCCAGCUCCUGAAGCAGCCUCUACAGCAGCAAGAAACGCCAUCGAAGAUAGUGCCGCAGUUGACAAUCAUCGGCGGCGCGGCACUGGCAACAGAUCUCCGCCAAAGCCUUGGCCCGUGUUGUGGCAGCAUCAAGCUUAUGAAAUCGCUGGAUGUUCUGACUCCAGGUGAUCUUCCUGUCGGAGGCACUGUACUCUGUCUUACUGACAUAGAGGAGCCGGUAUUCAAGUCCAUGGACCAGGACAAGUUGCGUAGGUUCCAAGAAGUCUACAAGCAAUCCACCAACGUCCUCUGGGUUACCCGGGGAGUUCGCUCAGGAGAUCCAUUCUCCAGGAUGGUGGUCGGGUUCGGCAGGACCAUUGUACUAGAAAUGCCGCAUCUGCGUUUACAAUUUCUUGACCUCGACACUGCCGUUUCCCCGGACCCUACUGCUAUCGCUGAGUCUUUGCUGUGCUUUCAGAUGGCUGGGAGCUGGGAGAAUGACGGGGUAAUCUCAACUUUGACCCAUUCCGUCGAACCCGAGUUGUACCUUGACAAGGGCGGCCGAUUUUACAUUCCCCGAUUCAAGUUGAGCAAGAGCCGGAACAAUCGGUACAGCUCGGGUCGUCGCGACAUCACCAAGCAGAUCGAUAUUCGACAACACAUCGUCGAGCUUGUCCCGCCUAAAACACAAGAUGCAUCGUGGUAUCUCUUGGAGGGAAAAGACGCGCCUGAACUAAAGGCGGCUGUAGAGAUCGACGUCUUGUACUCAGUGAGCCUGGCAGUGGAGGCGUCAGGAGGCAGCUUUCUCUUCCCCGUUCUCGGAAUACGUCGAGACACGGCAGAGAUUAUAUUGGCCCUCUCCCCAAAGCAAGCAUCCAGGAUCAAAGUUCCGCAGGCCUUUACUCUUCCUGCACCCAACUCGGUAGAUUACCUUCAGCUAUUCUAUACAGAGCUACUUGCCCGUGCUUCCAUCAAGGAUAUCUCGGCGGGAACGCUUGUCAUUGUAUUGCAACCGACUAUCAUGUUUAGUCGCGCGCUGGAGCGCAUUGCUACAGAUAAAGGGGCAAGAGUCCUCUAUCUAGCAGCUGAACCCGGUUUGGGAUGGCACUACAUCCACCCCAAGGCUACCAAAGCAGAGAUCCAGAACUGGGUUGCCUUGAAUAUCGGAGCCAUUCCUCCAUCGGAUAUUUUGCUUCUAGACAUCGGCGCGGACAGCACCCUCUCUGCAAGUCUGCGCGAAUACUUGCCGGCAGAGGUUACGAAAGUGAGGGCCGGUACCCUCCUCACCUCCGCUUCGCCACGGAUUACCUCGGGCCUUCUGGAGCGAGACAUCAGACCUAUCCUUUUGGAUGUCAAGUAUUCGCUGUGGCCGGCUCAGCAAGUCAUGGAGACUAGUCAAGGGUGCCAGGAGUUAGAACUCGUCUCCUUGGACGACCUGCCUACCAGGAAUCAUGUCGCCAGCCGCCUAUGCGUGAUCCGUUGGCCACCUGAGUCCAGCACCGUUACUGUUCGAGUCCAACCUAUCGAUAUGAUAAUCAAAUUCAGGAGCGACAGGACAUAUUGGCUUGUCGGCUUGACCGGGGGUCUCGGACUCUCACUCUGCGAGUGGAUGGCUAAACAUGGAGCUCGACACGUCGUCAUUUCCAGCCGGAAUCCCAAGGUAGACCGGGGCUGGUUGAAGAAAAUGCAAAACAUAGGCAUGAAAGUUGAAGGUAUAUCCAACAAUAUCUACGAUCGAGAAUCCGUCCGAUUCAUCUAUAAUCGAAUCUGCCAGACGAUGCCUCCUAUCGCGGGUGUCGCCCAAGGGGCCAUGGUACUCCAUGAUACUGUAUUCUCCGACCUGGACAUGGAACGAUUCAAGAAAGUCACGCAGCCCAAGGUCGAAGGAAGCAUCUAUCUAGAAGAGAUAUUCCACGAUAUUAAUCUCGACUUCUUUGUCUUCUUCUCAUCCAUGGCUUGCGUGACUGGCAACCCGGGCCAGUCGGCCUACGCCGCCGCCAACAUGUUCAUGUCGGGACUGGCGGCUCAACGCAGGCGUAGAGGUCUCAAUGCAUCUGUAGUACAUAUGGGCGCCAUCUUCGGCAACGGCUACGUGACACGAGAGUUAACCCUGGCGCAGCAGGAGUUUCUCCGAAAGGUCGGUAACCUGUGGCUCUCAGAGCAAGAUUUCCGACAAAUCUUUGCCGAGGCGGUCUUUGCGAGUCAACCCCAGAACGGGGGGUCUUCAGAGCUCUCUACCGGCUUGAUGAUGAUCGAUAACGGCGAUGACUUCAAGAGGAAUAUCACAUGGUUCUAUAAUCCGAUGUUCCAGCACUGUAUCAAGGAAAUUGAAGACGAUGAGUCGGCUGGCGACGGCCGGAAGGACCAGCGCAUUCCAGUCAAAACGCAGCUUCAGCAAGCAGUCAAUGCGGCUGAAGUACGCGAAAUAGUCCACGAUGCCUUUGCUGCCAAGCUACGCUUAAGCUUGCAAGUUGAAGAAGGUCGGCCUAUUGUAGAUCUCACAGCUGACACCCUGGGCAUUGACUCCCUCUUCGCUGUCGACAUUCGUUCUUGGUUCAUCAAAGAACUUCAGGUAGAGAUCCCAGUUCUCAAGAUACUAAGUGGAGCAACAGUCGGCGAUAUUCUUGAUACCGCGCAACAGCUGCUGUCCAAGGAAUUGACGCCUUGUCUGGAUCCAAACGACAAGGCUGAAGCGAAGAAGAAAAAGCCAAACGAUACGAGCUCAGUCAACGUUGAAACAGUGAAAAAACCCGAAGUUAAGAAUUUGACAAUCGGUGAAAAUGUCAGUAGCCGCGGAGCCGAUACCCCGAAAGCAAAAGUCGUCACAUUGCCCUCGGUGCAGCGGAAUAGUUCACCUAAACUCAUGACACUUUCCGAAGACUCGGACAGCCAGUCAAUGUCGAGUGAAAACGGCGCGAGAGUCAGUUUUGCAAGUCCCGAUAUGACCUACACUGGGAAAUCCACUCCCUCCUCCAAUACAUGGUCGGACAUUGACAUAAUUGGGGGCCGAUCCCGAGGCUCGGUCUGGUCCAUCGACACUGGCGACAGCGAGGUGGCUGUCAGCAAGAAGUCUCCGAUUGGAUUCGGUCAGUCUCGGAUCUGGUUCUUGGAAAUGUACCUGCAGAAUCCGGCCUCGGCGCUUAAUAUUACGUUGAUGAUUGACCUCAAUGGCCCCUUAGACGUUGACCGGUUUGAGCGAGCAGUGAAGCUUGUUGGGCAACGCCACGAGGCACUUCGAACUCGAUUCGUCACUGGUGACACCUCUAGUCAGGCCUUGCAAGAAGUCCUUCUUAACCCAACGCUUGUUCUGGAGAAACAAGAUAUCGCCAGCGACGUGGACGCAGAGCAGGCCUAUCAAAGCCUCCAACAGUACAGAUACAGGUUGGCAGAGGGGGAGAAUCUGAGGAUCCUACUUCCCAGCAAAUCUCGUCAAUCCUUCCGCCUUGUUAUUGGAUAUCAUCACAUCAACAUGGAUGGCAUCAGCUUGGAAGUAGUCCUUCGUGAGCUACAGCUGGCGUAUGACUCAAAGAGACUCCCGAGUGCGAGCAGUAUUCUCCAGUAUCUGAGCUUCUCCGAACAGCAGCACCGAGAGUUUGAAUCCGGAAAGUGGAACGAUGAAAUAGAAUUCUGGAGGAACGAAUUUAGCGGCCGCGCGCCGUCUGUUCUUCCACUCCUGCCACUGGCCAAGAUACGGUCUCGCACGCCGCUCACAGCCUACUCGAGUCACACGGCAGAAUUCCGCCUGGAUCAGGAGGCACUGACUCGCAUUCAGUCUGCCUGUGACGGGCCAAGGGCUACCCUGCUUCAGUUUCACCUCGCCGUCUUCUACACCUUGUUAUUCCGGCUGGUGGACGUGGAGGAUAUCUGUAUUGGCAUUAGCUCUGCAAACAGACAAGACGCUGCCAUGAUGCAAAGUGUCGGGAUGUACCUGAAUCUCUUGCCUCUUGUCCUCAAGUCUCAACCCAACGAAACCUUUGCCAAGACUUUGAAGCUCAUUCGCAGCAAGGCAAUAGCUGCAUUCGCUCACUCUAGGGUUCCCUUCAAUGUCAUUGUGAACGAGCUGGGUGUCCCUCGCGCAACCACGCACAGCCCGCUGUUCCAGGUCCUGGUCAACUACCGACCGGGUGUAUCGGAAAGGAAAGACUUCUGUGACUGCCGCAGCGAAGCGAUAUCGUUCGAGCAGGGGCAGGCGCCAUACGAUCUCAGCCUGGACAUUAUCGAAAAUCCCGGAGGAGAGUGCCGCAUCAUCAUGGCGGGUCAGUCGGCACUGUUUGAGCCUCGAGAUGUGCAUGAGUUGAAGGACAUGUACAAAAAUUUGCUGGUCGCGUUUUCACGCAACCCAGCUCUGCGGUUAGCCGCUCCAUCACUCUACGAUCCAGGAAGCGUCAAGGACUCGCUGAAACUCGGACAAGGUUCCUUACACGAGUACCAGUGGCCUGACACCAUGGUUCAUCGCAUUGAUACGAUGGUUGAGCGUUAUGGUAGCAAGCCGGCUGUCGUGGACGGCUACGGACACUCGCUGACUUACUCGCACCUGGCGAGAAGGACAAGAGCCAUCGCCUCAUCGAUGAAUGACAUUGGAAAUGGAAGCCGAGUCGGGGUCUACCUUGAUGCUGGAGUAGACUGGAUCUGCUCACUCCUGGCCAUUCUGCGCCACAACGCAGUAUAUGUGCCACUCGACGCUGCGUCCGGAUCGGAGCGACUAUUUGCUAUUCUCCAAGAUAGCAAGCCAGACUUGUUGCUUGUUAACAACUCUACCGACAAGGAGGCGAGGAGACAUUUCAUGCCGCUGCUCGCGGAAGACCAGCUCCUCAACGUCGACCAUGUUUCGACAACGACCACCGACACAGCUCUUAGUAACGCGGCCAAGCCAGAUUCCGUCGCCGCGCUCAUGUAUACUAGUGGUUCUACGGGACUUCCUAAAGGAAUCGUGAUGAAACACUCGUCUUUCCGGAACAACAUUGAGAUCAUGGCGGAGAAGCUGGGCUAUCGCGAGGGUCAGGAAGUUACGCUUCAGCAGAGUUCAUUCAACUUUGACAUGUCGCUCUGCCAAAUCUUCCUAGCACUGUCAACGGGCGGUACACUCCAAGUUGUACCAAGACAUCUUCGGGCAGAUCCUGCAUCUAUCUCUUCACUCAUCUCAAGCUGCCACAUCACUUCCACGACAUCAACGCCCUCCGAGCUCAUCAGCUGGAUUCGAUAUGGCAACAUGCAGGAGCUGCGCAAGUCAAAUUGGAGAACCGUCCAAAGUGGCGGUGAGGCUGUCCGAGACAGUCUUCAAACUGCUUUCCGGGAGCUUAACAAGCCAGGAUUGCGCCUGGUGGACUGCUACGGUCCGACCGAGAUCACCUUCUGCUCUCACAGCAGAGAAGUGGACUAUCAGGCGGAAGGCACAAGUUCAAAUACAGGACUCGAUGUCUUACCCAACUACUCUACCUAUAUCGUAGAUGCUAACAUGAAAGCUGUUCCCGCUGGUGUCCCUGGCGAAAUCCUCAUCGGAGGAGCUGGCGUCGUCGCUGGCUACCUGCACGCUGAGACGGACGCACGAGGUUUUGCGCAAGAUAGCUUCGCUUCUCCCGAGUUUCGCAAACUUGGUUGGACGCGGCUCCAUCGGACGCGCGACUUUGGUCGCAUCAGCAGGGUCGAUGGCCGCCUGUUGCUCGAGGGACGCAUCACCGACGACACCCAGGUCAAGCUCCGGGGGCUUCGGAUCGAUUUACGAGAGAUUGAGUCGGCCAUUAUCCACGCCGCCAAGGGGAGCAUCAUUGAUUGUGCUGUGGGCAUCCGGCAGUCUGAAACUGCAACAGCCGAAUACUUGGUUGCCUUUGCCACCACUGCCUCGGCCGCAAACAUAGAACAUCUCAAUCAGAUCGUCCACCAGCUCCCCUUGCCGCAGUAUAUGCAGCCGGCGGCACUGGUUCGCUUGGACACGAUGCCUACCAACGCUUCCGGCAAGAUUGACCGAUCUGCGCUCAAGUCUAUCCCACUUCCCGAAACAGGCCGAGUGAAUGCAUCGGAACAUCAGAGUUCUGGUGGCGAGACUUUGAGUCGCACCGAGUUGCGGCUAAAGCAAUUAUGGGAGGGUGUCCUCCCUGCGGAGAUUACGGCCCAACAUCAAAUUAGCACCACGUCCGAUUUCUUCCAUGUGGGUGGCAGCUCGAUGAUUCUCAUCAGUCUGCGAGCGGAUAUUCAAGAUGCUUUCAGCGUGACGGUCUCGCUUUUCCAGCUUUUCGAUGCUAGUACUCUGGGAAGCAUGGCAGUUCUCGUCGAUAGUCUUUCCAGUAGUGGCGGCGAUAAAGUUGUGCUAGAACAAAGUGGUGAGCUGGAUUGCAACUGGGACAAUGAGACUGCCAUCUCAGAAUCUUUGCUGCAUGUGCCAGUAAAUAAGCGGUUCUUCACCAACCCCGAAGUCGUUGUUCUUACGGGGUCAACCGGCUUCCUAGGACAGGCGAUCCUAACGCGUCUCCUUGAGGACGGAGUUGUUCAAAAGAUACACUGUCUUGCCGUCCGCCAUGAUAUUCCGCUAUUCAACUCGCCGAAAAUCGUCGUCCACAGGGGAGAUCUGGGACUGCCGGGAUUUGGCCUAUCUGAGGAGGUGCUUUCCACAAUAUUUUCCGAGGCUCACGCUAUUAUUCACAACGGCGCAGAUGUGUCGUUCGUCAAGUCCUACCACAGCCUCAAGCCUGUCAAUGUCGAAGCAACCAAGGAACUCGUUCGCCUGAGCGUCCCGCAUCAGACAUCGUUUCACUACAUCUCCACGGCCGCCGUUGCCAAUCUUACUGGGCAAGGUAGUUGGGAGCAACGAUCUGUCAGCGGAUUCACACCACCUGCUGGAACAGAUGGAUAUCUUGCCACGAAAUGGGUUUCAGAGCGGUAUCUGGAAAAGGUCAAUGACCAGUGUGAGCUGCCGAUUUGGAUUCACCGCCCCUCUUCCAUAACAGGCCCAGGGGCGCCUGCUACGGAUCUCAUGGGCAAUCUCGUCCAGUUUUCGCGGAAGAUGGCAGCUAUUCCGAACACAAGCCUAUGGCGCGGGUGGCUAGACUUUAUUUCCGUGGAUCGCGCCGCAAUGCAGAUUGUCGACGAGGUGUACGAGGACUACUCGUGGCCUGGCCAUGUGAAAUACUUAUAUGAGUCGGGUGAGGAGGUGGUUCCACUCUCCGACAUGAAGGGUGUGAUGGAGAGAGAGCACGGUUCUGUCUUUCAGACGGUCUUGAUGAAAGAAUGGGUAGAGAGGGCAGAGGAGGAAGGCUUGAAUCCAUUGUUAGGGGAGUAUCUCAACAGUGCGUCUGCCACGCCACUUGUCUUUCCUAGGCUGGUGCGACACGAGAGUUUCUUCUAG